AUAGUUAGUAAGUAAGGAAGGAAGGAACAUAAUAAUUAAUAUGUUUUAGUGUAAAGUUAUCCUUUUUCUCCUCCUCCUCCCUUUUCUUUUUUCAAUUAACAAGUGUGAUGAAGUGACUGUUUCCCACACACACUCUCCCCUGUCCCCAUUUCUUCUUCCUUUUCUAGCUAGCACCACACACACCAUUGCAUUAUAGCAGCAGCUCCAACAAAAAAAAAAUUAAACCAAAAGGAGCAGAAAGCUAAGUAAGCUCUCUUUCUCUCUAUCCCUCUGCUUUCCUUCCUUCAUUCCUUCCUUCCUUCUUCUCCAUGAGAGUCUCUCGUAACCCGAAAAACAGAGCCAAGAGAAGAAGGAGAAGAAGAAUCCAGUAGAGCGAGCGAGCGAACAGAGGAGAUCUAUAUAUCUAAGACCGUGAUAAUGAAGAAGAGCAUCCGUUGCUGCAUCUCGUGCAUCCUGCCGUGUGGGGCCCUGGACGUGAUCCGGAUCGUCCACACCAACGGGCGCGUGGAAGAGAUCAGCGGCUCCAUACGCGCCGCCGACGUCAUGAGGCUCCACCCCAAGCACGUCCUCAAGAAGCCUUCCUCCUGCAGCUCCGCCGCCGACCACCACGGCAUCGGCGCCGUCGUCCCCAAGAUCGUCAUCGUGCCCCCAGACGCCGAGCUCCAGCGCGGCAAGAUUUACUUCCUCAUGCCCCUCCCGCCCGACGCCCGCUCCAACAAGAAGCAGCGGAAAGACCACCACCACAACCGGAAUAAUGUUGUUGUUGUUAGGCAGCAGCAGGCCGGUAGUAACAUUAAUAACCACGACAAUCAUAACAAUACUGUAAUUAGCAAGACCGAUCAUUCUUCCACAUCGGAUGUUGUGGUGUCGUCGGAUGAUCGGUACCUGAGCGAGAUUAUGUCGGAGAAGCAGAGGGAUCACCGGCGGCGAGGGCGGGCCGGCGUGUGGAGGCCUCAUUUGGAGAGCAUUUCUGAGUCUGCCAGCUUCCUCAAUGUCCCCACUACUCAUCCUGAUGAUGAUGAUGAUGAUUCUUUUUAAUUAAAAAUGUUCAAGCGAAAACUACACUAUUAGUUGGAAUUAUUAAUUAUUUCUCUCUGGCUAUAUUAAUUGCUCUUUGUUUCUUUCAUUUUUGUUCAUCCAUCAGUACUGCGCGUUUGGAUACCGUAACGAUACCUGCCUACCAACCAUAAUGCUUCUCUUUUCUGGCCGGUAACUCAAAUUUCUGUUCAAUCUUCUUCCUCUUUGUCUUCUUUUUUUCUGUUUGGCACACCCCUUUUGUCAAUUUUGAGUUUACUGUGGACUACUGUAAGUAAAAAGAACAGAGAAAAAGAAUCAACAACUGCAAGAAAAAUGGGUUCGAGAUUAUCAUCAAUUUUUUCUUUUUUGAGAAAUAAUGAUAAAAUGUGUGGAGUUAAGGUAGACGAGGGAGUGGUGGGAUCUCGAUGAUGAAUCAUGUAAGUAAUGUGCAGAAAUCAAUGAGAGGGACUUGGAGGGUGAUUCAGAAACUUGCUGUUUCCCAGGUUUAUUUCUUUCUUCUCUUCUCAAGGCUCUUGAUUUAUGAGAGUCCAAAAGUGGAGUAAUGAUCAUCGACGCGCAAUUCAAUUCUUCCAAGUAAAAAUCUUUUCCUUUUGUAAUGGGAUUUAUAAGAUCCAUGUAAUGUUAAUAAGUAUAUAGAUUUUUG